AUGAACCAAACUCAAUCAUAUAUGGAUGUGCAUACAUCGCACUUUUCAUCUCCCCAGCCGUACGGCACGCACGGUGCGACCGCCGGCGGAAUGGUGCCCUACUCGCAUUAUCAGCAGCCGCCACCCCUUCUUCCGCCUGGCUCUACCGCCUAUCCCUCGACCCCGGGCUCAUACUCUUACCAGUACUCCAAUGGCGUUGCUUCGACCACACAACCUGCCUCUAAUUCAAUUAGCAGCCAGGUCCCAACCCAGAUUUUGCCAUUACCAGCCAUGACUAGCCAUACCGUAACGCCUCAUGGAUACGUCGGUGGAGCAAACCCAUCUCAACCGCCCGCUGUCCAUGAUGUAUCUGGCCAAACCUGCCCUCCUGGGGCAAAGCCGCGAGUAACGGCAACUCUGUGGGAAGACGAGGGCAGUCUUUGCUACCAAGUUGAAGCCAAGGGCGUUUGUGUGGCACGGCGUGAAGACAACCACAUGAUUAAUGGUACCAAGCUGCUGAAUGUAGCUGGUAUGACUAGGGGCCGUCGAGACGGCAUUUUGAAAAGCGAAAAGGUCCGCCAUGUUGUGAAGAUUGGUCCUAUGCAUUUGAAGGGUGUAUGGAUCCCGUACGAGAGAGCCCUCGAUUUCGCAAACAAGGAGAAAAUUACCGACUUGCUCUAUCCGUUAUUUGUCCACAAUAUUGGCGGCCUCCUCUACCACCCGACGAAUUCUAACCGCACUAACAUGGUUGUUCAAGACUCACAACAGCGCAGGCUGGAAGGUGGCCAGAGCGCAAGGAGCUCCCAAGGUCCGCAGGCCCCUACUUUGCACCAUCAUCACUCUAUGAGCGGCUCUGUUCCUUCGCAUAUGUCACAAGCUCCGGCACCUUCUAUUCCUCAGCAUAACAGCAGUGGGCGUCCUGGGCUUGACCGGGCCCAUACUUUUCCUACGCCUCCAGCCAGUGCAUCAAGCCUGAUUGGCAUCCCUUCUCAGGGCAGCACCUAUGACUGGAACAACCAGAAUAUGAAUUCAACUGUCCAGCCAUCCCAGUCUUUGCCGAUUGACACAAGUUUGAACAACACACGGUCAAUGCCCACGACACCAGCAACCACACCGCCGGGAAAUAACCUGCAAGGCAUGCCACCGUACCAGAGCCAACCAGCCUAUGACAGCUCCAAGCCUUACUACUCAUCCGCCCCUUCAACGCAGGGCCAAUACGCUUCCCAGCCAUUGGCUCCCCAGUCGAUUACCGGCUACGGCCAACCACUCAUGAAGGAUAUGGGCCCUUCAGGUGCGAGACCGCCUCUAGGUCCAGUCGAGCCAGACCAUACCGAUGUCAAGGUUGAUCGAUACAGUCAACCCAAUGGACAAUUAGCAGGCGCAAAUGGGGCUGGCGAAGAAGAACCCGCGCCGGAACAGGAGUCCGAAUUCGUCCCAGACAGUGGUGCGGGAUCGUAUGCAAACCGCAACUCUUACACAUACACCGCCAAUCCAUCGGUGGCGUCGCUUGCUGGAGACCAUUCUCAGAUGGGGGGUUCUCCUUCACAUCAGAAUGGGGCUGACCGGAUGACGCCACGCACUGCCAGCACCAACCCGCCACCGCAAUGGACGCAAGGCUACAACACCCCUCCCAGGGCUUUGCCGGCAGGCAGCAUUUCCAACAUUGUUAGUGACACCAGGGGUGCACCCGCUGCUCCUAAUGGUGAUACAUAUGCUCCCAGCACUGCUUACGCCUCGAACUACUCGGGAUAUUCAUCAGUCAAUGGUUCGAUUGGCUCGACAAAAAGACUGCGGGAGGAUGAUGAUGACCGUCAAGCGCGGCCUGAUGGGCGUGAAGGCGAUUACGAUACAAAGCGUCGGAAAACAUUAACUGAGACUCCAAUUGGAGCGCCCGUUGGGGGUACCUUUAUGCCAAUGCAGCAACCUGUGCCGGCCGGAGGAGUUAUGCGACGCCGAUGA